CAGACUAGUGUGUGACACAGUGAGAGGCGGGUGCAAACUGACAUUCACAGAAAACUUUCAGAGCAACUAGCUGUUGCAGGAUUUCAGAUAACAGCAAGUGUCUGCUGUCAGCCCUGCACUGCACAAACAUAGGAAGUUAGUUUAUAAACUGCUACAUAACAAAGGCAGACAUGAACGGUCCAGUAGAUGGUUUUAAUGACCACAAUGGGGAAGAUGUAGGAGCCUUUAUGUUUACUUCGGAAUCUGUUGGAGAAGGUCAUCCUGACAAGAUCUGUGAUCAGAUAAGUGAUGCUGUUCUUGAUGCCCAUCUCCGUCAGGACCCAGAUGCCAAAGUUGCUUGUGAGUCUGUAUGUAAAACUGGAAUGGUUUUGCUCUGUGGGGAAAUCACAUCCAGAGCUGUUGUGGAUUAUCAGAAAGUGGUUCGAGAUACCAUAAAGUACAUUGGAUAUGACGAUUCAGAAAAAGGUUUUGACUACAAGACAUGUAAUGUGUUAGUAGCUCUGGAACAACAGUCUCCUGAUAUAGCCCAAGGUGUCCAUUUAGAUCGUAUUGAAGAAGAUAUUGGUGCUGGUGAUCAGGGGUUGAUGUUCGGGUAUGCUACAGCUGAGACAGAAGAGUGCAUGCCUCUGACAAUUGUCCUUGCACACAAGCUAAACGCUAAACUGGCAGAGCUUAGGCGAAAUGGGGAGUUACCAUGGCUAAGGCCUGAUUCCAAAACACAGGUAACUGUUAAAUACAUCCAGAAGAACGGCACAGUAAUACCCGUACACGUGCACACAAUCGUGAUCUCCGUUCAACACGAUGAGACCAUCACGCUGCCGGAAAUGCAGGAGGCCUUGAAGGAAAAAGUCAUUAAGGCUGUGGUUCCCUUAAAAUAUCUCUCGGACAAGACAAUAUACCACUUGCAGCCCAGUGGGCGUUUUGUCAUUGGUGGACCACAGGGUGAUGCUGGGGUCACCGGACGGAAGAUAAUCGUGGACACUUAUGGGGGAUGGGGAGCUCAUGGAGGUGGUGCAUUUUCUGGCAAAGAUUCCACAAAGGUUGAUCGAUCUGCUGCUUAUGCUGCCCGCUGGGUGGCAAAAUCAUUGGUUCAUGCCCAGCUGUGCAAACGAGUGCUGGUCCAGGUAGCUUAUGCCAUUGGUGUUGCCAAACCCCUAUCUGUGUCACUGUUUACUUAUGGAACAUCAGAGAAAACGGAGAAGGAGCUGUUGGAUAUUGUCAACCAAAAUUUCGACCUAAGGCCAGGAGUAAUUGUUAGGGAUCUUGACUUAAAGAAGCCAAUUUACCAGAAAACUGCCUGCUAUGGCCACUUUGGCAGAGAUGGAUUCUCGUGGGAAGUACCAAAAGAGCUGAUUUUUUAACACUGCAUCAACAUCUUAGAAUAAGAAAGAAAAUGCUUGUUCAGAAAUACCACAACGCCUCUCAAAUGUGCGAACUGACAGUUCCAAGCCACUAUGGAAUCUUAAUAAAAAACAUCAAAGGAAAAGGAACAAGUUUCAAACUCAUAGACUCGGAACUAAAUCUAUUAACUCAAAAUCAACAUUGUACCACCUGCCUCUAAGUCUGACUUCUGGGAAAGAGAAUGGAGGUUUUUCUCUUGAGAUCAGAAUAAUGACCAUGUGGCUGCUAUCAAAACAGUACAGGGUUUUGUUAACUCAACCAGUCAAAUCUAGUGAUGGUUUUCUUUUGUGCUGCUAAAUAAUUAUUUCUGCCAGUUAAUUCUGAGAAAUCAACUCAACUCUGCUGCUGUGAAUAUCCUUUGUUAAUCUACAUUCUGUGUCGAAUCAGUCAAGACAACAAAAUUAUACGUGUGGUGGCUUCAGAUUUUUUGAAAACCUUUGGGUCCAAAGAAACGUGUCUGGUCAUAGUUUUUAUUUUUACAAGUUCUUUGGUAUUUAUUUUGUUAAAUAAGGCUAAUUUUGUACUGUACUUCGUACACUACCCAUGCAAUUAAAGGGACGGUAAUCACCUUGAGAUUUUUAUAUAAAAUAUUUAGUUAUGCAUAAUGAAACAACUUUGCAAUAUAUUUUUAUUAUUUAUUUGUCCCCCUUUUUCUGAAAAUAGAGCAAUUUCGUAUUCUGAGUCCUUGAAAUGCACCCUGCAGACUUAUCAAGGCUAACCCUGCUACAUGUAUGUCCCUAAUUGCCUUUAGCAGAUAACAACUGCAAUUCACUUUACACUAUGUUUACAACAGUGGCUAGCUUUGUUGUCUGCAGACUAAAGCAGAGAUUGGCUCCUUUAAAUAUGGCAAACGAUGGGUGGAGUUUGGCUAUUAAAUAAUUAUUGCAUUUAAAAGGGUCUUAAUUUGUUUUAAAGCAUUAUAACUUGGCUGAUAUGUUAUUCUAUAGCACAACAGAAUAAAUAUCUUGUAAUUUACUGUCCUAUUAAGUUUGCUUUAGGAAAAAGAUAAUGGUUCUGAACACCUAAUUUAAAGAAUAAAAAGUAUACCCCCCAAAUAAAGAAAUAAAAAUAAAGGAUAUCUAAGCAUAAAAUCUCACUGGAAUGGACUAUAUUAAGAAUCUUAAAGUGUAGCUUGUGCAUAACAGCUGUUUUUGUUUACUAGAUUAGUAUUUGUCAUAUGGUUUAAAUAGUUAAAGGGAUACUAACCCCAAUUUUUUUCUUUAAUGAUUCAGAUAGAGCAUGCAAUUUUAAGCAACUUUCUAAUUUACUCUUAUUAUCAAAUUCUCUUCGUUCUCUUGCUAUCUUUAUUUAAAAAGCAGGAAUGUAAAGCUUAGGAGCCAGCCCAUUUUGGGUUCAGAACCUGGGUUAGGCUUGCUUAUUGGUGGCUAAAUGAAGACACCAAUAAGCAAGCACUUUCCAGGGUGCUGAACCUAAAAUGGGCCGGCUCCUGUUUUUUAAAUAAAGAUAGCAAGAGAAUGAA